UAUCUCUCUAUUCACACAAAGGCGGACACGUACACGAUUUCCAGAUAUCUCUGAAUCUCUCCUAUUCGUUCUCUCUCUCUCUCUCGCUCUGUUGUCAUCAUUUGCAGGUAUUGUUCAUCGCCAUGUCAGGUCCUCAGUGCUGCUCGAACGCACCAGCCCUAAACUCGAGCUGUGGAGAAGGGCAUGUGGAGGAACUUGCUUGCCUCAAGUGCUAUGUCUCUGGCUCCCCUGACUCCAACCUUGCAAUCCUUCUCGUUUCCGACGUUUUUGGAUUUGAUGCUCCGAAAUUGAGGAAACUUGCUGACAAAGUCGCGGCUGCUGGUUUCUAUGUUGUGGUUCCUGACUUCUUAUAUGGAGAUCCCUAUGCACCUGAAAAUGCUGAGAGGCCUUUGCCUGUUUGGAUAAAAGAUCACGGAACAGAUAAAGCAGUUGAAGAUGCAAAACCAGUGAUUGAAGCUCUGAAACUUAAAGGAGUAUCCAGUAUUGGAGCUGCAGGAUUUUGUUGGGGAGCCAAGGUUGUUGUGGAACUAGCAAAGUAUCCUUUCAUUCAAGCUGGUGUGCUGUUACAUCCUUCAUUUGUUUCUUUGGAAGACAUCCAGGCGGUUAAGGUUCCGAUUUCAGUACUGGGAGCUGAGAUUGACAGGAUGUCUCCACCGGAGCUUGUGAAAAAGUUUGAUGAGGCCUUAAAUGCCAAACCUGAGGUUGAUGGCUUUGUGAAGAUAUUUCCAGGGGUUGAACAUGGGUGGACUGUGAGGUACAAAGAUGAAGAUGCAGGGGCUGUCAAGAGUGCAGGGGAGGCACAUAAAGAUAUGUUGGAUUGGUUUGUCAAGUAUGUCAAGUAACUUGAGGCAUACCUAUGGCUUAUUUUGGUUUGGUUAAGGCUUAGUUUGGCUUUAUUAUGAAAUGAUAAAAUAAUUUGAGGUGUGGUUGUGUAUUGUAAUAGAGAUGGGUGUGAACCGUAUGUGUUGUAUUAUUUGUAUAUUUAAGUUUGGAUGAGUUUGUAUUUUAUUUGGUUGUUCAAUAUAUCUUACUUAUUAA